CUAAAUAAACAUAUGUUUCUGUAGCGUAAAGUAAAUAACAUAGCAUAACACAAUAUGGAAUUCCUACACGAAUCCAUUGCCCUGGGCGUAGAUCUAUUGAUACUGGGUCUGUGUGCGCGCGAGUACGUGCACUACAAACGCACCGCCCAGGUGCUCAAGGCGGCACCGCAAUACAACAUCGAUGGGGAGCUGAAAUCGGUGGUGGAGCGGCAGCGCGACAAGAAGAUACCAUAUGCGGUAAUCCGGGGCACUGUGACGCCCAUCGGCGUGCCUUUGCGCAGCUCCCUGGUGCCCAGUGUGAGUGGCGUCCUGCAGAUUGUGAAGCUCCACGAGCACAGGGUGACGAGAGGAUUCGCCGGCUUCUGGACGGAGCACCACAAAUUGCUGCACGAGUCCGCCAAUGAGAUGCCCUUCGAGUUGCGUAACCAGAGCCAUGGUGUGGAGAUUGUGGACGCGUUGAGUGCCGCCGUGUUGGAUGUGGACAUGGUCUACGACAACUAUGAGCCCUCGAAUCUGUCCCUCUUUGACCAUGUGUUUGGUUUCUUCUCUGGCGUUCGCCAGAGGGGAUUGCAAACAACGGAGGAGGUUCUCAGGGAAGGCAGCUUCCUGACCGCUAUAGGUGAACUGGAGUUGGAUGGCAAUACGCUGCGCAUGCAGCCCUCCAAUGAGGGACCCCUCUUCCUGACCACUGCCACCAAGUCCACGCUCAUCAAGCGGUUCGAAGAUGCCAAGGCAACGACAAUACUCAAGCUGGUUGUGUGUAGCACCAUCUCUGUCGUCCUGGUAGCCUUCAUUGCCAAAAAGUUCUACCGCAAACGGAAACAGGAGCGGGAGGAGGCCAAAAUCCGCGACCGCCUGGAGACGGAGCGCCGGGAACGAAGAGCGAGGAGUCGUCCUCACACGCUGUCCCAGGAUCAACUCUGCGUGGUGUGCUCCACCAAUCCCAAGGAGAUUAUCCUACUGCCAUGUGGUCAUGUGUGUCUCUGCGAGGACUGCGCCCAGAAAAUCUCCGCCACCUGCCCCGUGUGUCGUGGUAGCAUCGCCUCCAAGGCAGCCGCCUUCAUCGCCUAGGAACCAACCAAAUGCCAACAAGAUCACCUUGUACCUGUGUGCGCCAACCUUAUAUUUUGUUACAAUGCUCAUUGUCGGCAUUUAUUUUAAAUUAUUGAAAGUCUUGACAUCGAAAACAUAAAA